CACCCUUAGUUAUUGUGGAUACUCUUUUACAUUUAACGGAUUUUACAUGGUGAAUUAUCCUUCAGAGUUUCAUUAUGUCUAUGACAUCACCACCACUACACGUCGGAAAACACCAUACAUCUCCACCUCUACUUAACUCCACCACCACCACCAACCAUACCAAACUCGUCAAAACAUGUCACCUUCCUCGCCAAUUGAAAACCCUCACCGGAGCCUCACAUUCUGACCACACACAAACAACCCUUUCAAACUCUAAACUUCCCGAACAAUUGUACAACAACAACUUGUAUCAAUGGAACACAAUCAUCAGCAGACACACUAACAAUGAUCUAUACCAUGACGCCAUACUCGCAUUUUACCACUUCUUGCAAACUGAUCAUACACCUGAUAAUUUCACCUUACCUUGUGUGAUCAAAGCCUGUGUCGGGAUUUCAAAUUUCAAAUCUGGAUUGGUGGUUCAGGGAAUGGCAGUGAAGAUGGGUUUGAUUUCGGAUGUUUAUGUCGGUAAUUCAUUGGUUGCAAUGUAUGGGAAAUUCGGGAUCGUUGAGGAUGCAGUUAAGGUGUUUGAUAUAAUGCCUCAAAGAAAUUUGGUCACUUGGAAUUCUUUGAUUUCCGUGUUUUCGGAUAAUGGAUGGUUUCGAGAAAGUAUUGAUUUGUUCAUGGAGUUGUUGGUCAGUGGAGAUGAGUUGAUUGUACCGGAUGUUGCUACGUUGGUAACCUUGCUGCCGGUUUGUGCUGCUGAAAAAGAUGUUUGGUUUGGGAGAAUGAUACACUCUUUGAGUGUUAAGUUGGGGUUGUAUCAGGAUUUGAAGGUGCAGAAUGCUUUGAUGGAUAUGUAUUUGAAAUGCGGAUACAUGUUAGAAGCCGGAAAGGUUCUUGAUAGAAACGAAAACAAGAAUGUUGUUACUUGGAAUUCGGUUAUCUUGGGUUGUUCUAGAGAAGGUGAUGCUCAACAAGCGUUUCAACUUUUGCAUGAUAUGCAAAUCGGAAGUGAUAGUGUAAAGCCUGAUCGGGUCACCAUUUUAAACGUGUUAAAAGUUUGUUUACAUCGUUCACAGCUACUGAGAGUGAAGGAGCUUCACGGGUAUUCGAUUCGACACGGGAUUGAAGCUGAUCAGUUAGUUGCAAAUGCGUUCGUUGCAGCUUAUGCAAAAUGCGAAUGCGGGUCAUCGUUGCGUUUGGCUGAGAAUGUUUUCAAGAUGAUGAACAAUAUGCCUUUAAGUUCUUGGAAUUCACUGAUCAGUGGCUUUGCACAAAACGGUAACCCUUUAAAGGCGAUGGAUUCAUUUGUAAAAAUGACGUCUUUGGGGUUUAAGCCUGACUGGUACAGCAUUGGUAGCCUGCUUUUAGCUUGUACCGAGCUCAAGUCGCUGCAAUACGGCAAAGAAGCUCACGGGUUUGUGAUUAGAAACGGGUUAGAAACCGAUUUACAUAUCGGCAAUUCAAUACUUUCAUUUUACACUCAAUGUGAUAAACCCUUAUCUGCAAAGAUCAUUUUUGAUGGGUUAGAAAACAAGAAUUUGGUAUCAUGGAAUGCAAUGAUCACUGGUUACUCACAGAAAAAACAACCACUUGAGGCGUUAAAUCUCUUCCGUACGAUGGUUUAUAGCGGGAUCCAACCGUAUGAGAUUGCAGUUACGAGUGUAUUAAAUGCUUGUACACAGUUGUCGGCUUUAAGGCUAGGACAAUCAGUCCAUUGUUAUACGAUAAAGAAAAACCUCACGAGGGACGUAUACGUAAACUCUUCAAUCAUAGACAUGUACUCGAAAACCGGUUGCGUAAACGCGUCUCAAAAAGUUUUUAACCAAUCAGAUAAAAACCAUAUCGGACUCUGGACGGUUCUGAUUACCGCCUAUGGGAUUCAUGGGGAUGGAAAGGAGGCAAUGAAACUAUUCUAUGAAAUGCAAGAUUCGAACAUGAGCAUGAAACCGGACGACUUUACAUUCAUUGGCAUCUUAAUGGCAUGUAAUCAUGGUGGAUUAGUCAAAGAGGGUCUUCGGUUCUUCAAUGAGAUGCAAACCGUUCACGGAGUAAAGCCAAAACUGGAACACUAUGCUUGUUUAAUCGACAUGCUUGGUCGUGCAAGACGGUUUGACGAUGCUAUGACGCUCAUUAACGAGAUGCCCGAGGAACCCGAUGCUAGAAUAUGGAGUUCAUUGUUAAGUUCAUGUAGAGUUCAUGGUAAUAUGGAGUUAGGAAAGAAAGUUGCAGAUAAGCUAUUACAACUCGAACCGUAUAAAGCGGAAAACUAUGUGUUGUCAUCAAAUCUGUUUGCAAGUUUCGGAAGAUGGGACGAUGUUAGAAUAAUGAGGCAACGAAUGAAGAAACGCGGGCUUAAGAAGGAAGUCGGUUGUAGUUGGAUUGAACUUGAAGGAAAAGCGUAUAACUUCUUUGCGGGCGAUAAUAUUCUUCCAGAUAUUCAUGACAUGUGGAGAAAACUGGAGAAUGAUAUCACCCGUUACGGGUAUAAACCCGAUACUAAAUGUGUGCUUCAUGAACUUACAGAAGAUGAGAAAGUUGAUAUCUUAAGGGGUCACAGCGAGAAACUUGCUGUUUCUUUCGGCUUGUUAAGAGCAUGUAAAGGUAUAACGUUAAGAAUUUACAAGAAUUUGCGUAUUUGUGAAGAUUGUCACAAUGCUAUCAAGUUGGUGUCGAAAGCUGUCGACAGGGAGAUUAUUGUACGCGACAACAAGCGGUUUCAUCGUUUUAGACAUGGGCGUUGCUCAUGUGCAGAUUACUGGUAAAUAGCUAAGGUGAUUACUUAAACCCAUGUAUAUGCUUGUGUAUAUGAAUCAAGAAUUGUUGAGCA